AUGUAUCGCAUUUUGAAACGCUCGCGGUCCGAUUCUUCGCCGUCUAGCGAGUCGAAAUCGCCAUCAGAGAUCUGGAACCUCCAAAAUCCGUGGAAACUUCACACCAGGAAAAUCAUCCUUACUUGCUCUUUGGUCUUCGUGCCAAUGGUCGCUUUCACCGUUACUCUCCUAUCGAUCGUUUUCUCAAGGAGAGUAGAUCUACAACAUUGUCCAUUUCCAGAGCUGUGUCCUGACCUCAACUCCUUGAACUCCCUGCAUGGCUCGAACUACUACGUAGACUUCUCAGUCGGUCGACUUGCGUUCGUUUCAUCCUUAUCAUCAACAAUAAGCUUUGCCCUUGUCGCAGCGUUGAUGGCGAUGUAUGGAUUCAUAGCUGCUCGUCAACUUUUGGAUGUGUCGGCCUCUAACAGAGCACACGAGAAUCUUCCUAGCCCUUAUAGAACCAGUAUACUUGUUCGACUAAUCAACGCAGAGAUGUUCCUACUAUGGGACGUAUGGGUGCGGAAGAUUCAUACAGCUCUUGGACGCCGACAAUCUCGGAAGAAGAAACAUCAACAUAGCCCCCCUAUCAUCAGAAAAGCGCUUUUUGUAUUCACUCUCAGUCUUCUUGGCAGCAUCUUCAUACAGCUAGCCGAUACCUACUUUCAUAUAGUCAUCGAAGCUGUAAGCGCAACUCGCUUAUUUUCAGAACAGCUAUCCGAGUUCCAGUAUGGCAGACGACUAGCGCCUUGGUGUUACGAUUCUGAGGACGCCCGAGGGAUAUCUAGUCCAAAGUAUUUUUGGGGCUGUGGUGUGUCCUAUAGUAGAGAGACGGGUUACGUACGGCCAGCCAACGGCACUCUCCAACAGGACAUCAUGGGAGACAACCAUCCCUACACUAUGAACUUCACUAAUACCAACGGCACUCAUUUCGCUCUUAUACGCUCUGCUGUUAUUGAUCCAAAAGUCGAUUGGAGUGGAACAGGCUUUGGGGUUUCCACUCAGUGCGCUGCGAUCCCACGGACUGCUUGCGAACUGGGCAUUACUUAUGGGCCAUUCAGGGAGGUCUCAUCUACGCAAUUUUAUUGCAAGGAAGCUUAUGGAGGGAAAAACAUCUCUGGUAAUUUCACUUCAUACGUCCACACAAUGUGGUUUGAUGAUUGGCACGAGUUUCUCACCGAGGAUACUCCCUUCCAAAACAGCUCAGCAGGUUUAAUUUCAAAUAGCCGAGAGUCAGUUAACUUGACAUUGGAAGAGUCAGGCUCAGUCUUUCGCAACCCUUGGCAUUGGCUGGCACAAAUUUCGACCACAGGAACCGUGUCAGAAGGGCCGGCGGCAUUCAAAGAGAGUUCCCUUGUCUGGCAGGAUCCGCGUGACCUUCUGUUUUUCUUACUUUCCUGCAAUACCACUGUCUGGGACACUACCUUUUCUGUCAUCGAUAACAAGGUCACAGACCUUUCGUACGAAAAGAGCAAUAGUUCCACAACAGGGAUCGUCUCAAUGAUGGGUGUCAAUGCUUUUGGCUUUAUGGGACACCUCGUAAACGAGGUGUACAGCGAAGCAAAUCGAAAUCUCACGUCGCCAGCAUUAUUCAUAGAACAGUACGAAAAGGAGAUUAGCAGGGCAUUGAUCACGCCUUUGAUUACGCACACAGUACCCGCCCCAGCACGUCUCGUACAGCGGCGGAGGGCAAAAGUCAUCACAAAGCUUCCGGUGGUAGCGCUCUGGUUGCUCGUUAUCGCAAACAGUACAUUCGCACUACUAGGCCUAAUACUUGCUUGCAUCGCCUUCAGAGCCACAUCCCCUGUGGUACAUCAAGUCCAUACUCGGUUGACCACUGCUGGUCUUGCAGCUCAGCUCUUCGAUUGGGAACACGCUCGACGCGCAGCAAAAGAUGAUAAAGAGCUCUUCAAAGAGAAUUUGGGUGAAUAUGCGGAAAAGGGUGUACAGAAGAGAGUUAUCGUAAAAUGCACCGCGCCCGGAGGAGCGGAGUAUGUGAUUGAGAACGGUUUAAUGCCUAUUUUGGAGGAUGAGGAGCAAGCGCGUCCGCUCCAGUCAAGGCAGACACUAUAA